ACCCUGGAAAGCGUCCUAAUCGCUCAGAGCGCCACCUUGUCCACUCUAAAUGCUUGGCUGCAGUCUCAGUCACUCAUCUUUCAAAUCCUGAGCAACGCACAGGGGGUGACACUCCUGGCACCAAGCAACAAUGCGCUCAACCAAAUGUUCGGCACGUCGCUCUCCAGUGAGCUGGCCUCGGACCCCAACUUCCUCACGGCCUUCCUAGCCUACCACGCCCUGGACGGCGUCUACUUGGUUUCGAACCUGUCCAACACCAAGUCCACAUCGAUUCCGACGUUCCUAAACGUGGCGGCGUACUCCAACGUGAGCGGUGGACAGGUAGUCCGUACACUGUCCCAGAACGGCUCUGUGACCCUCGUUACCGGCAACAACAUGCAGUCCAACCUCCAGCCAUAUGACUACAACUACGUUGGCGGCACUGUGCACAUCAUCGACUCAGUUCUCUCCAUCCCGGGCAACUUGACCAAUACCCUCAUCGCCGGGGGGCUUACGGCCGCGGUGGGCGCGCUGCGCCGGGCGGGCGUCGAGGCGUCGAUCAACGCGGCCGCAGACGUGACCGUGUUCGUGCCCAACAACGACGCCUUCAACGCCAUUGGUAGCCUCGUCAGCUCCAUGACGCUCGAGCAGCUGACGACGGUCCUCAACUACCACGUCGUCCAGGGCAAGGUGCUCUAUAGCGAGCUGAUCUCGGGCGGCAGCGAGACGACAGUGGAGGGCGCCGGCGUCAACUUCCGGGUCCAGAAUGGGGCGCUAUUUGUCAACAGCGCGAGGGUGGUGGCAUCAGAUAUCCUGGUGGCCAACGGGGUCGUGCACAUUGUGGAUGGGGUGCUGAAUCCGGCCAACACCACUGCCACGCCUGACCCCGACGCCGCCACGCAGCCGCCUGCCUUCAACGGGGCAAGCAGCGCGACCGGCGGGGUGCCGUUCACGUCGGCAGUUGCCAGUACCACGACGGUUAGCGUGAGCAGCACCCCGACUGCCAGCUUCCGUCAUCCGUCUCCUGUUCAGGGAGCUGCUCCG